GCCUCGUGCACAAGUUCGCUUUUUCGUCCAUUUCAAUCCAUGCAGAUGGUCGGUGCCGAAUUCCGCCAUGGCAUAAAUAUAGUGAGCUGUAUGCAAAGUAGAUACCUUCGCUCAGGUAGCUGUCACCUUGCUGCCAAGUUACCGGUUGUACAUGACAAUGGCUUUAGCUGUGAGUGGCCUGAAAAGCACAGAUUUAAAAUGGCAAAGUUUCUUAAAGUAAUGGAAUGGAUCAUCAAAGACAAUCUAUCAGGGUCUGUCAAAAUCUUUCAACCAGUGGAACCACCUAAUGAAGUUGUUACACGUGUUCACAACUGCGACUAUGUAGAUGGUUUUAUCUCAGGAAGCAUUCCUCCAAAAGAAAUGAGGAAAACUGGCUUUCACUGGUCAGAGGGCCUUGUGAGAAGAUGUUUACUUGAAGUGGCACCAUGCUUGCUGCCAGGCUAGCAAUGGAGUAUGGACUAGCAUGCAGUACUGCAGGUGGAACACACCAUGCUUUUCCCAGCCAUGGUUCAG